AUGCCACCAAAAAAGAAGCAAAAGCUUGAAAAACUCGACAAACCCACCUUACAUACCUGCAACAAGACUUCCUUUGCAAAAGCUUUCCUGCCAAACUAUUGCCAACGGCUUCUAGAUUACAUCACCAUCAUCCAUCAACUCGCCGACCACGCUUCCCAUGCUCUCAAAUUCUACAUCCUAUCUGCACCAACCUUCACCGUGAACGAGGAGACCAUCAAAGUGAUUCUCUAUCUUCUCAACAAGGGGGAGGCUUGGCAUCCAAGAAAGGAAGCAAAGAAGGCAUGGCGGGAUUGUUUGCUGCCAUAUGUUCAAUGGUACUGCCAAGUCGUUGGCUUCGUUCACCCAAAUCUACGAGGCAAGCAGCAAUCAGUCAAUUACCUGACAGCGAGUAUGAUGACAAACCUGACAGUCAACGUUCAAGAGCAUUUCAUGCAGAUGCUCCUUCGGUACAUUAAUCUGCGGCUUGACGUGAAGGGACGGAAAGGGCAACUGCCACCGAAAAGCGAUGCGCGAAAAGCUUUCUUUACUCGGCUACGCUAUUUAAAGUCAGUUUUUCUUUUUGAUAUCGUGCCCGAGUCGCUGGAUGACUUGACCGCUGAAGAGAACCCUCUUGCCUUCUUUCCUGCAUACUGCAAACUCUCUGGGCUGUAUGAACAACAUGGAUUUCGACGGUUCAGUGCAAUCCCUCUUCGUCAGUCUCUCAUCCAAAGCCAUGUGCGGAUCGACACCAUCAUUCUCUACCAGCAUAUCCUUUGCAUCGCGCGAAGAGAAGCGGAAACUGUCGAAAAGGUCGAUUUAUGGUUGCGCAUCUGUAAUCUACGUACCAAAGCUUUUCGGUCUUGCCGCGGUAUGCAGUUUGAAGGCUCGAUCACGACGGAUGGGACCUCGGUGUCUGUAUACCUAAAGCACCCAGGAGCAGACAAGUAUGGAAAGCAUGGAGCGAGAAAGUCAGCAAAGAGUUUAGAGGACGAAGUUAAAGUGCAAUACAUGGAGAAAAACUUACCUGCUUGUCGAGCAGCAGAGAAUGUUGUCGUUAUCGACCCAAACAAGCGUGAUAUUCUCUACUGCCAAGACAACAGUGGUAUGACAUUUCACUACACCGCCAACCAGCGAGCCGUGGAGACUGGAAGCCGUCGAUUUGCAAAAGAACGGCAGCAGAUGAAGAAGGAAGCGGGAAUGGACCUCAUAGAAUCACGUAUCCCUAGUCACAAGACAAUGAACCUCAUGGACUUCAUGUGCUAUCUCCUUGUUCGGCGCGCUGAUUGGGAUCAUCGCAAGGAAUUCUACUCCCACCCUGCCCACACGUGA